UUAUCAAUGUCAACAUCAAUAAAUUAAGGUUAGAAAGAAUCAAAACAUGUGUUUUGUUUGUAAAUAAACCCUUUUCUUUGAUUAAAAGCUCAUGAUGACCAGUUUCCACAAAGCCUUAGGUGUUAGUAUUAAUGGAACAAAGGUAAAAAAUAAUUUACCCAUUAUUUCUACCGGUAUUCCAUCUUUAGAUCACAUCAUUGGAGGCGGUCUGCCGGCAAGUUCAAUUUUUCUAGUUGAGGAAGAUGUAUUGGGAAACUACUGUAGAGUCCUGAGUAAAUACUUCUUGGCUGAAGGAAUUGUCUGCCAACAUGCACUGUUCAUUGCUUCAUGUGAUGAAGAUUCCAGAGAAUUUGUCAAGGAGCUUCCAAUCCCCACCACAGCCCCUCCAGCUGAGGAGCCGGGGCUUCCAACCGAGGGCAUUGACAAGAUGAAGAUUGCCUGGAGGUAUGAGAGCCUCAGACCGGUAGAGUCCUCUUUUGGAGCCACCUCUAACUUUGGCCACCACUUUGAUCUGAGCAAGCAUGUGGAUGCUGAAACCAUCAAGAAUAGCAACAUCACUUAUUGGAACCCUUCAGAUAAUCAGCAAUUGAAGAGUGGUUUCAACAACAACCUUUAUCAUGACUUGCUAGUCAACAUAAAGAAUUUGGUUAGCAAAGAAGAGUACCAAAUAGGUGGUAAAAGCAAGAAAAAUAUCCUGAGAAUUAGCAUACAAUCCCUGGGUUCCCCAGUGUGGACAGCGGAUGAGAGUGGUGAUGAUACUAGUGUCUAUAGGAAAGAUCUGCAGAAGUUCAUGUAUUGUCUGAGGGUGAUACUUAGAGAUACCACGGCUGUGGCCUACAUCACCAUGCCAAUGCAUCUGUUUGAUGAUAUCAGCCUUACCAACAGUCUGCUGUACUCAGUAGAUAAUGCAGUGAGGCUGGAGUCAUUCGCCGGCUCCAGUCGAGAAACAAACCCUGUCUUCAAAGACUACAACGGAUUGUUUCAUGUUACGAAACUCUCUACUAUCAACUCAUUGGUACAUUUCGUACCGCCCAGUUUGGAUAUGGCCUUUAAGCUCAGAAGGAAAAAGUUCAAUAUUGAGAAACUCCAUCUGCCGCCAGAACUUGAAGAGUCGAGCGAGCGUGAACAAGAUGAUAUCACCGCCACGCCGAAAGUUUCUUGUGGAGGGUUCAAGAAGAAGGAUAUCGACUUUUAAUUAUAUUACAGUUAUUUAAAGUAAGAUAAAAUUGUUA